AUGUGUUGUUUCCUCUUUCUUUCUCUCUCUAUUCUUUAUUUUGCCAAUGGGUACAUUUAUAAACUUGUAAAAUCUUCCAACUCUUUAUCUUUCUUUCUACUUUCCCCCUCUUUUUUCUACUUCCCUCUCUUUUCUUCUGCUUCCACUUCCUUCUCUUUUUUUCUACUUUCCUCUCUUUAUCUUUCUCCUUUCUUUUCCUUCCCUCUCUUUGCUUUUCCUUCCCUCUCUUUGCUUUUACUUCCCUCUCUUUAUUUUUCUUUUUUCUUCUGCUUUCUUCUCUUCUCUCCAUCUUUCUCUUUUCUUGUGCUUCCCUCUCUUUUCUUGUGCUUCCCUCUCUUUUCUUGUCCUUCCCUCUCUUUCCUUGUACUGCCCUCUCUUUAUCUUUUUCUUUUCUUCUACUUAUCUCUCUUUUCUUCUACUUCCCUCUUUAUUUUUCUCUUUUCUUCUAUUUCCUUCUCUUUUCUUCUACUUCCCUCUCUUUAUUUUUCUCUUUUCUUCUACUUCCCUCUCUUUUCUUCUACUUCCCUCUCUUUAUUUUCUCUUUUCUUCUAUUUCCUUCUCUUUCUUCUACUUCCCUCUCUUUAUCUUUCUCUUUUCUUCUACUUCCUCUCUUUAUCUUUCUUUUUCUUCCCUCUCUUUAUCUUUCUCUUUUCUUCUACUUCCCUCUCUUUAUUUUCUCUUUUUCUUCUUCCUUCUCUUUUCUUCUACUUCCCUCUCUUUAUUUUUCUCUUUUCUUCUAUUUCCUUCUCUUUUCUUCUACUUCCCUCUCUUUAUUUUUCUCUUUUCUUCUACUUCCCUCUCUUUUCUUCUACUUCCCUCUCUUUAUUUUUCUCUUUUCUUCUAUUUCCUUCUCUUUUCUUCUACUUCCCUCUCUUUAUCUUUCUCUUUUCUUCUACUUCCCUCUCUUUAUCUUUCUCUUUUCUUCUACUUCCUUCUCUUUUUUUCUUUUUCCCUCUCUUUAUUUUCUCUUUUUCUUCUACUUCCCUCUCUUUAUUUUUCUCUUUUCUUCUACUUCCCUCUCUUUAUCUUUCUCUUUUCUUCUACUUCCCUCUCUUUAUCUUUCUCUUUUCUUCUACUUCCCUCUCUUUAUUUUUCUCUUUUCUUCUACUUCCUUCUCUUUUCUUCUACUUCCCUCUCUUUAUUUUUCUCUUUUCUUCUACUUCCCUCUCUUUAUCUUUCUCUUUUCUUCUACUUCCCUCUCUUUUCUUCUACUUCCCUCUCUUUUCUUCUACUUUCUUCUACUUCCUUCUCUUUUCUUCUACUUCCUUCUCUUUAUCUUCCUCUUUCACUUCUCUAUCAAUUUUAUGUUAA